UUGUGAGGCGGUGCGCAGGUUUACCUGUUCUAGUUUCCGCUUGAGCUGAACAGGUGCAUCGCUUUCUUAGGAAAACUACACAAGACGGGUCUGUUAGAGGAAACAGCCGAAUAAACACCAGGAUCCAACGAAUCACGAUGCUUAAACGGCUACAAAAGGAAUUAUUAUCCCUGCAAAAUGAUCCACCCCCAGGAAUGACGCUGAAUGAAAAAAGUGUACAGAACACCAUAACUCAGUGGAUCGUAGACAUGGAGGGGGCCCCCGGCACGCUGUACGAAGGGGAAAAAUUUCAGUUGCUCUUCAAAUUUAGUAGUCGAUAUCCUUUCGAUUCACCUCAGGUAAUGUUCACCGGGGACAACGUACCUGUCCACCCUCACGUUUAUAGCAACGGUCACAUCUGUCUCUCCAUCCUGACGGAAGACUGGUCACCAGCCCUCUCGGUGCAAUCUGUUUGUCUUAGCAUUAUUAGCAUGUUAUCCAGUUGCAAAGAAAAAAGACGACCACCCGACAACUCCUUUUAUGUAAGAACGUGUAACAAAAAUCCAAAGAAGACAAAAUGGUGGUAUCACGAUGAUACUUGCUAAUGUACAAAAAAAAAAGUUUGUAAUAACCCCAGAAGAAAAGAAAGUCCCACUGACCUACGUAAAGCACUUUUGAAUCAUUCAGUCUCUGAACUCUGACCUUUGACUGGAACAAUGGACAGACACCAAUGCGCUGGAGGCUCUUGACUGCAUUGCCCCCCCCCCCCCCUUGCCCCCCUCCCCUUACCAGUUGGGCAGUUUCAUGCAUGUUUUAGUUGGUAAUAACGAAGAACGGAAAACCGAUGGGAAGGGGGGGAAUGAUAGUCAUGCAGUGUGCAAGGUGGAUUUUUGUUUAUUUUCUGUUUUAAAAAUAAUUACUGUUACAUUUUAUUUCUUUUUUUGGUGUGUGUGCGGACGUUGGUGUCCUUGUGUUGUGCAAUAAUAACCAACCGAUGGACGCAUGCUUGGGCUGACCAAGAAGUUAUCCAAUUGGAUUUCUAGAAGGGACCUGACCAUCAUAAACCCGAGAAGAUGCUUCAUCUUUUUUUUUUUUUUUACACUAUAUAAACCUAUAUAUAUGCCUUUAUAUAUGCACUGUAGAGUAUGUAGUUAAAAGGCACUGUCAGUACAUCAUCAUUCCCAACAUUGUAAGAAGCCCCCCCCCCCCCCCACACACACACACACACUGGUUUUGGUUCAAUGCUGGUACACAUGGCAACAAAACAAAUGUGGCAUUAGGUCAAACUCGAAACGGGCUUUUUUAAAAAAAAUUAUUUAACGAAUGUCUGUUGCAUUUUUCCUUUAAAUCCUUUACGUGUCUAGUUUUUGUACUGUUUUACGGGUGAGGUUGUUGGUUAACAUUUUCGAUUGUGGCAUUUUUAUUUCCGCAAGGGUAGAGAAUUGUGGGGGUAAUGUCGUAAAAGCGUUGUGAUUCUGGCUGGUCAGCGUUAUGGCUCAGGUACUUUUUUUUUCUCCCUAAUAAAGAUACCUAUCAGAUGUUUUACUAUAUUUUCACCAAAAGAGACUGAAAUUGGAAAAUUAUAACAUGUCUGGAGCUUUUGUAUAUAGGGCUUUGCUUUUUUUUGGGGGGGGGGUUGUUAGACAAAGUGGAUUUACUCCAUAGCUUAGUGAUAAUGGGUUGGCCUAGAACUUUAAACUAAUGAGGAUGUAUACAGCCAGCUUCAAAGGAUAGUAUAAAAAAUUUAAGUAGUUUUACAGUGGCAUUGUGUGCAUUUCUUUACUUUAUUUGCUGAAGAGAAUUGAAUAUUGAGACAGCUGUGAUUUAUGCCCUCCCAUAACUGACAGUGUUUGACAAGCUCGAUAUUGCAAAAUCUGCCUCCUGAGAGGCACGGUCAUUCAAAGCGUAAUUAUUCCUCAAGAAAUCAAUGAGAUACUUGAAUUUUCCAUCUCAGUUUGUUUAGCGUUGCAUUUGCUGUUUCCCCUCCCAGGUUUAGCUUGUCUUGAGUGGUGUGAAUGAAAUGGCACAGAUCACACCACACUCACUAAGUUUAUCAAUAAGUUUCUUGAACUUUCUAGUUGACCAUGUUUUUUGGUUUUUGUUUUCCUUUUUUAAUGUCUCAUUCACUGUCAGAGACAUGAUGGUACUGGAAUAAUGGUUUUAGAGCAGACAUUAGAGGAUUUGUGAGGGGAUAUAACAAAAGCCUUCACGGAAGAGAUUUCUAUUUCAAAUUAACUUGCGGGUGACUAAGUUACGUGAGUCAUUGGUUUUUCAUUUUUCAAUGUGUUUUGAACUCCCUAGUUGCAGAUUAUUAUAUAUUAUUUUAGUGACACUAAUGAGGGUUUCAUAUUUAUUUUAAAAAUGUUCUGGGAUGUUCAAGCUCUGUGUAGUAGGUGCCUGUUCAUUUUCAUAAUCGAUAAUAAAAGCAAAGAUUCA